UGAUAUUCCUGCGAUGCCCUGUCCCAAUACUGACACACCAUUAGUACUUGAUGAGAUUACUCUCGUUUGCUUUUGGUCACUGCCAGGCAAAUUUCUGGAAAAUGUUUUCAUUCAACAAAUAUCUACAUAUCAAGUAUCCUUUUGUGAUAUUCCUGCGAUGCCCUGUCCCAAUACUGACACACCAUUAGUGCUCGAUGAGAUUACUCUCGUUUGCUUUUGGUCACUGCCAGGCAGUAAAGGCUUACAUGUGGUUUCGGCUGUUGUAAUGCUUGGGGAUUAA